AUGUCCGACCCAACUCUCUACCUCUACACGUCCCUGACCGCGGGGUCAUCGCACAUCGUCACCGCAACUGCCCGCAUUGAGACAAUUCUCAAGGCAAACAAGCUUCCCUUCCGCGCUGUUGAUGUUGCCACCGACGAUGCUGCUCGGAAGCUCUGGGGUCGCCGCUCCAAGGGCAAGAAGCUACCAGGCCUGGUGAAAUACGGCGACAUUGUGGGAGACCUAGAACAAAUCGAAGAAUGGAACGAAUUCGGCGAGCUCCGUCUGGUAGUCCUCAGCGUCCAGGACCUGGGUGGAAUGCCGGCAACCAGCAACCCAAUCCCCGCCGCGACCGAGACCAAGACCGAGCCUGAACCCGCAACCCCCAAGCCCUCCACAAUCAAGAUCCAAAGCCCGCCGACUAAGACCGAAGAGAAGAAAGACGACAAAGCUGUGCUUGCGCUGCGCCAGGCCAGCUCGGAGGCCGCGUCCAAGGCCGCCCCCCGUGGACACCGCGGCUCCGUCGCCGCCGAGCUGCCAGACACAGCCCCCGAUUCACCCAAGACAGCCAAACGUCCCGUCCUCGUUCCGGAAAUGGCGGCCGUGUCAUCGGCCAACUUCCACGCGGAUAAUGCCGAAGAGCUUGGGCUGGUUGAGCACCAUCGCGGUUCUAUCAUCUCGACUACGGAUAAGGCGGAGCAGGAUAAGGUUGUGCGUGAGAUUAGGGCGUCUAUUACUGCUGACGAGCCUUCUGGUAAUCUCGAUGCUAUCCGCAAGCAGGCUGCAGAGCAAACGGGAGCCGACACGAUUGAGGAGGUCGCGACACCGCUAUUUGAGAAUGUGAAUGAUACUAAAACGGCGGCUGCAGUGGCUGAGGAGCCCAAGGCCGAGGAACCCAAGACUGAGCCCAAGGAGACCGAUGUCAAAGAGGAUGUGAAGGAUAAGGAUGAAUCCAAGGAGUCCAAGGCCGAGGAGGUCGAGGAAAAGGAAGACGCAAAGAAUAAGGAAACAGAGUCCAAGGACUGA